AUGGCCACAAAGGCCGCCCCCGCCGCGCGGAGGCAGCAGACCUCCGUGGCCUGCGCGGCGGAGCCCAAGUCCAGGUCCGCCGUGCUGCGGCAAGGUGCCGCGGCCGCGGCCACCCUCGUCGCGCUGAGCCCCAGCUCCGCGGCGCUCGCGAAGGGCGAGCCGAAGCCCAAGGGCCCGAUCACGUCCUCGCUGGUGGACGCGGAGACCGCCGCGAAGAUCGAGGACGCGCCGAGGCAGAAGACCGCCUCGGGGCUCGAGUACAUCGACAUCGUCGAGGGCUCCGGACCCAAGGCCCCGAACGGCUUCCAGGUGACGGCGCACUACGUGGCGAUGACGCCCGCGGGCAACUCGUUCGACGACUCGGUGCAGAAGGGCACGCCGUACGACAUCCGCGUGGGCGCGGGGCAGGUCAUCCCGGGGCUGGACGAGGGCAUCCGAACGAUGAAGGUCGGCGGGCUGCGGCGGCUGUACAUCCCGGGCGAGCUCGGCUUCCCCAAGGGCCUCCCGUCGGCGCCCGGCCGGCCGCGCGUCCCGCCCAACUCGCCGCUCAUCUUCGACGUCAAGCUGCUCUACAUCCCGGGCUUCGACACCGACGACGAGUAG